AUGAUCACAUCAAGCAGAAGAGUGUCUCCCGAUGCACCCGAAGUCCAGAUCUCCUUCAGCCUUGACCACACAUCAGACACGCAAGAUGGUGACAACUUCCCUCAGAGUUUCCCAGAUCUUGAACAACGACUUCAGCCUGUGUUGCCACGCUUGUCUCUGAAGGAGAGCGUGCACGUGUACAAGGAACACUGCAGGAUGGCGGGAGAGUUCCGCCAAGUCAAACACGACAUCGCCGCCCUGGAAGAACGCAAGUGUCAGCUGCUUGCCGAGCUGGUGGAGGACCAGAAAGUGGCAGCGGAGAUCUCCCGCCUGGAGGACGAGUUCCGCCGUCUGUCGGAGGAAAACCGCACGCUGGUGACGAAGCACAGUGAGCGGUCGCGGCAACUGCAGCGGCUACGCCGCCCUGACUCGUCAUGA